AAAGAGCUUCGGCGUGACGCUGCGCGAGGGACAGCGGGCGAGCAAGUGAGUGGGAGAAACUCAGACACGCCGGUUCUAGGGGAAAAUAAAUAUCAUCAAAACAGAAACAGCUAUCCAUCCCGGGAUUAUACUUCAGAUUCUUCGUGGUAUACAUUACGGACGGCUUUCAAUUUAUUUGGAAUCGAAGGCGGUUCACUGAUUUAAAAGAGGAUUUAUAGUUUCGUUUGUAAACUACCGGGAGAACGAAGUGGUUGCUGAAUUGCUAAGAGAGAAAUGCAAACGGCAGAGGAACGGAGAGACCGUGUCAGCCUAUGAUCGCCCGAGCACGGAGUCUUGGAGCGGGAGCGUCAGGACCGAGGGGAGCAGCGCCGACCCUGAACAUGGCGACCCGCCGCGGGCCCGCGCCCCCCCUCCUCGCCGUCGGGACCGCCGUGCUGCUGCUCGGCUGCCUGGUGCUGCCGUCGCACGCGGACAGCUUGCCGAGCUUCAUCAAAUCCCCGGAUGACCAAAUCGGGAUUUCUGGGGGCGUGGCCUCAUUCGUGUGUCAGGCGGUCGGCGAGCCCAAGCCUCGGAUCACGUGGAUGAAGAAGGGGAAGAAAGUCAGCUCUCAGCGAUUCGAGGUGAUCGAGUUUGACGACGGGUCGGGGUCCGUGCUCCGGAUACAGCCCCUCCGAACGCACCGGGACGAGGCCAUCUACGAGUGCACCGCCACCAACAGCGCGGGGGAGAUCAACACCAGCGCCAAACUCACCGUCCUGGAAGAGACCCAGAUACCUCACGGGUUCCCCACCAUAGACAUGGGCCCCCAGCUGAAGGUGGUGGAGAAGACGCGCACGGCCACCAUGCUCUGCGCGGCCAGCGGGAACCCGGACCCCGAGAUCUCCUGGUUCAAGGACUUCCUGCCCGUGGACAUCGGCGGCAGCAACGGCCGCAUCAAGCAGCUUCGCUCAGGUGGUACACCAAUCAGAGGAGCACUGCAGAUCGAGAGCAGCGAGGAGUCGGACCAGGGCAAGUACGAGUGCGUGGCCAUGAACAGCGCCGGGACCCGCUACUCCGCCCCCGCCAACCUCUACGUGCGAGAUCAGCGGGAAGUCCGCCGGGUGCCGCCCCGCUUCUCCAUCCCGCCCACCAACCACGAGGUGAUGCCGGGGGGCAGCGUCAACCUCACCUGCGUGGCGGUGGGGGCGCCCAUGCCCUACGUCAAGUGGAUGACGGGCUUGCAGGAGCUGACCAAGGAGGACGAGAUGCCCGUGGGCCGCAACGUGCUGGAGCUGACCAGCAUCCGCGAGUCCGCCAACUACACCUGCGUGGCCAUCUCCUCGCUGGGCAUGAUCGAGGCCACCGCCCAGAUCUCCGUCAAAGCCUUGCCGAAGCCUCCCGCGUCUCUGAUCGUCACGGAGACCAGCGCCACCAGCGUGACGCUGACCUGGGACUCGGGGAACCCGGAGCCCGUGUCCUACUACGUGAUCCAGUACCGGGCCAAGGCCUCGGAGAACGGCUUCCAGGAGGUGGACGGCGUGGCCACCACGCGCUACAGCAUCGGCGGCCUCAGCCCCUACUCGGAGUACGAGUUCCGCGUGAUGGCGGUCAACAACAUCGGGCGGGGCCCGCCCAGCGAGGCGGUGGACGCCCGCACGGCCGAGCAGGCGCCGUCCUCGCCGCCGCUGCACGUGCAGGCGCGCAUGCUGAGCUCCAGCACCAUGCUGGUGCAGUGGGAGCCGCCCGAGGAGCCCAACGGCCAGAUCCGCGGCUACCGCGUCUACUACACCACCAGCCACCAGGCGGCGCUCAGCACCUGGCAGAAGCACAACACGGACGACAGCCGCCUCACCACCAUCUCCGGCCUGGUCACCGACGUCACCUACAGCAUCCGCGUGCUGGGCUUCACCUCCGUGGGGGACGGGCCCCCGUCCGACGUCCUGCAGGUCAAGACCCAGCAGGGAGUGCCGGCCCAGCCCUCCAGUUUCGAGGCGGAGGCGGAGCUGGACACGCGGAUAAUGCUGACCUGGCUGUGGCCCGUCCAGGAGCCCAUCACCAAGUACGAGCUCAUGUACUGGGAGGCCGGCUCCGGGAACAAGUUCCACGUGACCUUCGACCCCGCCGGCUCCUACGCCAUGGAAGGCCUGAAGCCGGACACCCUCUACAUGUUCUCCCUGGCGGCCCGCUCCGAAGUAGGCCUAGGGGUCUACACUCAACCCAUAGAGGCCAGGACCGCACAGUCCACCCCCUCCGCCCCCCCCCAGGAGGUGCGCCUGGUCAGUCUCAGCUCCACCAGCGUCAAGGUGAGUUGGGUGCCGCCCCCCGCGGCCAGCCGGCACGGGGCCAUCGUGCGCUACACCGUGGCCUACCAGGCCGUCGGCGGGGAGGACGCGGAGCGCCGCGAGGUGACGGGCGUGGGGCCCGACGCCACCAGCCACGUGCUGGAGGGCCUGGAGAAGUGGACCGAGUACCGGGUGUGGGUGAGGGCCCACACGGACGUGGGGCCCGGCCCCGAGAGCCCCGUCGCGCUCGUCCGAACCAGCGAGGACGUGCCGGGCGCGCCCCCGAGGAAGGUGGAGGCGGAGCCUGUGAACUCCACCGCCGUGCGGGUGACGUGGAAGGCGCCCCUCUCGGCGAAGCAGCACGGCCAGAUCCGGGGCUACCAGGUCAUCUACUCGCGGCUGGAGGACGGGGAGCCCCGCGGCCAGCCCAGCAUCAUGGACGUGGCGCUGCCCGAGGCCCAGUGGAAAGCUGAAGAGUCAACGGACUAUGAGGCGAUAAUAGCUGGACUUCUCGCUGAGACCACGUACUCGGUCACAGUGGCGGCCUACACCACCAAGGGAGACGGGGCUCGCAGCAAAGCCAAGGUCGUCACGACAACGGGAGCAGUCCCUGGAAAGCCCACUAUGAUGAUAAGCACCACGGUCGGAAACACGGCCUUGAUCCAGUGGCAACCACCCAAGGAGAUGGUGGGCGAGCUGAUUGGCUACCAGUUGCAGUACAAGCGGGUGGAGGAGGAAGCCUACAUCGUCAAGGACUUCAAGAAGACGGAUUAUCACUUCACUGCCACCGGCUUGCACAAGGGCGCCACCUACGUCUUCAGGCUUUGCGCCAAGAACCGGGCAGGCAACGGGGAGGAGUACGUGAAGGAAAUCACCACAAUCGACGACGCCCCCAGCGGCUAUCCCCAAAACCUGCAGGUGGUCGGCCUCACCACCUCCACCACCACGGUGGCCUGGGAGCCCCCCCUGCUCUCGGAGAGAAACGGCAAGAUCGUUCGCUACGCGGUGGUGUUCCGCGACAUCAACAGCCAGCAGAACGGCACCAACAGCACCACCGACACCCAGAUCACCAUCCACGGCCUGCAGCCGGACACCACCUACGAUAUCCGCGUGCGCGCCUUUACCAGCAAGGGGGCCGGCCCCAUCAGCCCCAGCAUACAGAGCAGGACCAUGUCUACCUCCAUGCCUGAGUUUACCAAAAACUUUGGCGUGAAAGCCGUGAUGAAAACCUCGGUCCUCCUCACUUGGGAAGUACCGGAGACGUUUAAAUCUCAAGUGCCUUUCAAGAUCCUGUACAACCAGCAGAGCGUGGAGGUCCAGGGGAACAUGAAGCGCAAGCUGAUCACCAAGCUGGAGCCGGACACCGAGUACUCCUUCAUGCUGAUGAGCCGCGGCAACGUCGCCGGGGCCCUGCAGCAGCAGGUCUCCAUCCGCACCGCCCCCGACCUGCUCAGCGCCCAGCCCCGCCUCCACAGCCAGGGCCAGGAGGAGGGCGGCCGGCUCACCAUCAGCCUGCCCCAGGCGCAGAACAAAGCCGCCGUCAGGUGGUACUACAUUGUGGUGGUGCCAGUCACGCAGGCUCGUCGGUGGGAGAGCCCCGACGAGAUGGACCUGGACGACCUCCUGGAAGCCAGCGAGAACCCCGGCCUCAGGAGGAGGAGGCGCCGCCGCCGGCAGGCCGAGUCCCCGCUGAAGCCCUACAUCGCCGCCAAGCUGGAGACGUUGCCGGGCACCUUCACCCUGGGCGACGAGAAGAAGUACAACGGCUUCUACAACAAGCCGCUGACCAGCCAGCAGGAGUACCGCUGCUUCGUCAUGGCGGCCCUCAAGGACCAAGAUUCCAAGAUGUUCGCGGCCAGCCCCUUCUCCGACCCCAUCAAGGUGGAACUGCCCAGCGGCAUGGCCAGGCACUCGGAGGACCCCGAGAUGCUGUGGGUGAUGGGGCCCGUGCUGGCGGUCGUCCUCAUCAUCAUCAUCGUCAUCGCCAUCCUGCUCUUCAAGAGUAAACAAGAAAGGAAACGGGCCUCUCCCUCGGCCAAGGACGAGCACUCCGGCGGCGUGAAGGACUCCCUGCUGGCCCACUCCUCCGACCCCGUGGAGAUGAGGAGGCUCAACUACCAGACCCCAGGUCCCAGUGCUACAAGUUGCCCGAACACUCCAAGCAUGAGGGAGCACCCGCCCGUCUCCGUCGGCGACCUGGCCCACCACAUCGAGGGCCUCAAGGCCAACGACAGCCUCCGAUUCUCGCAGGAGUACGAGUCCAUUGACCCCGGCCAACAGUUCACCUGGGAGAACUCCAACCUGGAGGUCAACAAGCCAAAGAACCGCUACGCCAACGUCAUCGCCUACGACCACUCCAGAGUCAUCCUCGCGUCGGUAGACGGCGUGCCGGGAAGCGACUACAUCAACGCCAACUACAUCGACGGCUACCACAAGCAGAACGCCUACAUCGCCACGCAGGGCCCCCUGCCGGAGACGCUGAGCGACUUCUGGCGCAUGGUCUGGGAGCAGCGCACCAACACCGUCGUCAUGAUGACCCGGCUGGAGGAGAAGUCGCGGGUAAAGUGCGACCAGUACUGGCCCAGCCGAGGUACGGAGACCUACGGCAUGAUCCAGGUGACCAUGCUGGACACGGUCGAACUGGCGACCUACAGCGUGCGCACCUUCGCCCUCUACAAGAACGGCUCCAGCGAGAAGAGGGAGGUGAGGCAGUUCCAGUUCAUGGCCUGGCCCGACCACGGAGUGCCGGAGUACCCCACGCCCAUCCUGGCCUUCCUGCGCAGGGUCAAGGCCUGCAACCCGCCCGACGCCGGGCCCAUGGUGGUGCACUGCAGUGCGGGCGUCGGCCGGACGGGCUGCUUCAUCGUCAUCGAGGCCAUGCUGGAGCGCAUGAAGCACGAGCAGUCCGUGGACAUCUACGGCCACGUGACCUGCAUGCGCUCCCAGCGCAACUACAUGGUGCAGACGGAGGACCAGUACAUCUUCAUCCACGAGGCGCUGCUGGAGGCCGCCACCUGCGGCAACACCGAGGUCCCCGCCCGCAACCUCUACGCCCACAUCCAGAAGCUCACCCAGGUCCCGACCGGGGAGACCGUCACCUCCAUGGAGCUGGAGUUCAAGAGACUGGCGAAUUCCAAAGCGCAUACCUCAAGAUUCAUCAGUGCCAACCUGCCCUGCAACAAGUUCAAGAACCGGCUGGUGAACAUCAUGCCCUUCGAGUCCACCCGCGUGUGCCUGCAGCCCAUCCGGGGCGUGGAGGGCUCCGACUACAUCAACGCCAGCUUCAUCGACGGAUACAGGCAGCAGAAGGCCUACGUCGCCACGCAGGGGCCGCUGGCGGAGACCACCGAGGACUUCUGGCGUGGGCUGUGGGAGCACAACUCCACCAUCGUGGUGAUGCUGACCAAGCUGCGGGAGAUGGGCAGGGAGAAGUGCCAUCAGUAUUGGCCCGCCGAGCGCUCGGCCCGGUACCAGUACUUUGUGGUGGACCCCAUGGCUGAGUACAACAUGCCCCAGUACAUCUUGAGGGAGUUCAAGGUCACUGACGCCCGGGACGGCCAAUCCAGGACCAUUCGCCAGUUCCAGUUCACUGACUGGCCCGAGCAAGGAGUGCCAAAAACGGGCGAGGGAUUCAUCGAUUUCAUUGGGCAAGUGCACAAAACCAAGGAGCAGUUCGGACAGGAUGGACCAAUCACAGUGCACUGCAGCGCUGGUGUGGGCAGGACUGGCGUCUUCAUCACCCUCAGCAUCGUCCUCGAGCGCAUGCGGUACGAGGGCGUGGUGGAUCUCUUCCAGACGGUCAAGACGCUGCGCACCCAGCGGCCGGCCAUGGUGCAGACGGAGGACCAGUAUCAGCUGUGCUACAGAGCGGCCCUGGAGUACCUCGGGAGCUUCGAUCACUAUGCAACGUAACCACUCCCGGGGCAGCUGGGAACCCUUCUCUCUCUCUCUCUCUCUCUCCCGCUCAGCCAAAAACCCACCCACCCACCCACCCACCCGAUUCUGUGCGGGGAGCCGGCGGAGGAGGCGGGGCGCGGGGCGCGGGGCGCGAGCAGAGAUUCGGCCGGCCCAACCUCCCACCAAAAGCGGUCCGCCGGGACCGGCACAAUGAAAUCGCUUCUAAACCCUCCCCAGAAAAGAACAGCCUCGAACAGCAAUUCUGGUUGCUGCUCUGCAACCUUCAACAUCCCUCCCUCGUCAUAGCAACGCAACCGGUAGCACAUAAUAUUUGGGCUUUUUUAUUAUAAUCAUUAUCAUCAACGUUAUUAUUAUCAUUACCAUUGUUAUUAUUAUUAUAGCCAUUGUUGAAAUGAUAUCAUUUCGAUUUUUUUUACAAUGAUUUACACUGGUUAUAUUCUUUUCUAAGUCUUAAAGGCCUAGUGGGCCUGUGUUUCCAUUACCAGUACUAUUUUUUAAUUUUAUUUUUUCUUUUUAAAACUUUUUGUAGGUUAUUUUAGCACAAAGGACAUGUAUUUUUAGCAUGUCCGUAUAUACUAAUACUGGAGAGCCACUAUUCUCUGAGCUGCUGUUGAUUUUAUUUUUUACCAUGAUUAUAUUAUUCAAAUCUUCUUCUUUUCUUGUGUAUAAUUGGUCUUUUCCAGUGGAACGGGGGGACACACUUUUAUAAGCCUUUUCACUUCCUGGUACUUUAUAGAAAGAAUAAUUAUAUAAAAAAAAGAUUUAAAAAGCAUAUCCCAGAGUUAGUGGAUCAUAUUAACCCAUUAAGUAAAAAAAACUGAAUUAACCAAUGAAAAAAAAAAUCAGCCAUGUACAGAUUCUAGCUUUGCUCUCGAUAGCUGUUAACUGUGAUUUCAAAAGGGACACCAGUUGCUUAAAGACCUUUUCACGUGGCGAAAGACAGGGAUUUGGGGACGGGGGCGUGUCCUGCGACUGCUGGCGACGCCCCCCUCAUUUACGCCACCUGUCCUGCUCAAGACUGAGUUGGGAAAAAUGAGACCACAAAGUAGAAGGAGAAGCUUGUUCCUUCCCCCAAAAGUGGAAAACCAAGAGGCCAUACUCCACUCCAGUCAUAUGUAUGAUGAAAUACUGCAGCAAGCAAGAGAACCCUCUUCCUUGGACUGGCUUGCUAUUAUCUUUAUUUUAAAUGUAAUAUGCAUAUAUAUACAUAUGUAUGUAUAUGUAUAUGUACAUAUAUAUACAUAUAUAUGUAUAUGUAUAUGUAUAUAUAUAUAUAUAUAUAUACACACACACACAUACAUAUGCAUAUGUUCUUGCUAUCCUGAAACAGCAUUAACUAUCAUUAAUUAUUCCACCUGCAAAUAUUCCUGGAUUUUUUUUUUUGUUUUGUUUGUUUUUUUGACAAACCAACGAUGGGAUCACGACGAGGACUUUGUCCUUGAAUCAGUAACGGUACAAUGCUAUUACUCCUGUGUUACCACACGGCUCUCACUGAAGCACAGACGGACGGUCUCCUCUGAGCGCUCGGCGAAGCGGCACAAAAUGGACGGUGGAGGAUUUCUACACUUUAAUCGGCGCUUUCCUUCUUUGGAAUGGGUAGAGUCGCGGAAGCAAGGCGAGCUUGGACCCGAGGAGCCGGAGGUGUCGGCGAAGCGUUCGUUUUUACCUUGUGUACGCAUAGUGCUGUAGGGGUUCAAUCUGUUGUAUACACAGUCUGUUUUCUAUUUGUUAAUAAAAAAAAAAGGAGAAGAAAAAAAAACGUUGCAAAGACCUUCAUGUUAAUAAAGUUGAAUAAUUGGGUUUUGUACAACUCAAUUGUCAUGUUUCUGUCCCCGCGGGGAGCUCGGUGCGCGCACCUGCGUGAGCGCGUGCUUGAUGACUUGUGAGGUCAGGAUGACAGACGGGCGAAGGCUCCGCCCCUCCGUCCAGCUGCAUGGCUAUUCGAGGCCCCUCCUCAGGUAAGGGCUGGGGGCCAGGCCUGAGCCCUGGUGGAGCUUGGGUCAGCCGAGCCCCUUUAUGGCGCUGCGUUGCUAUAUUUAGCCGCUUAGCAGAACGCUGUAUUCAGUGUCACAAUGCUUCUGUGUGUUAUGAGUCAUAACUUAUGACCUUCCGUUUGCAAAGGCCGUUAAUGUACCUUAAGUGGCGCUGUAGCCGCCCGUCACCUGCAGCCGUCUGGUCGAUUCCUGCUUUCUGCACUGCGCUACGCUUCGCCACCUGAGGCGGGAUCAAAGUGAGGUGCCGUGCUGGAAGACCCCUCGAACGUGCGGUCGAACCCCUCCGCGCUUGGGAGACUUCAGAUCGAAGCUAGAUUGCUGUCGAAUUUGACUUGUGGAAAAAAAUGUGAUUGUCGCCAGACGACUCCCUUGGAACGCCGCGUUGCGGGUUCCGGCUGUUCGGCUUAGCUAGCUUCACCAAACGGGAGACCUUUCAUAACGGAGGAUCGAACGGCUGCUUUCAGACAGGACGUGUUACGCGCGUGUUGAUCGAGCCCUCACGCAGACUGAUGGCCUUGCAUCAGAAUGCAGGUAACUCUGGGACAUGUUCAGACAUCUACUGACUGAUGCUGUGAGUGCAAAUGUUCCCACGGCGAUAAUGCGCCCAAUCAGAAUCGUCCGCUUCCAGCAUGCGGUUUAUAAAGACGACCUCAGAACCGAGCGGCACAGUCCCUUUUGCUGACGGCGUAGGCAACAGGGUGAACCGAGGACUAAAUGCCAUAUAGAUUUUAGGUCCGAAAACUGGAGCUUUUGAUGUAUUCUCCAAGCGGCGGUCAUUGCACUGGAGAAGAGUUGUUUGCAGGAACUAUAGGUCAAAUAUUGCGGUCAGUUCCCUCCUCCUCAGUGCCCUUCAGUCAACACAGUGUAGUAGACUGAGUAAAUCUGGGGGUUGGGAGUCUCUGUUAAGCUUUUCUCUGACAGGAUGAAGCCUAUGGACAGAACACAUGCCCCUUCUCCUGCACUCUUGUGUCACGUAUUGACGUCUGAGGCCUUCAUGUAGUCAGCCCUAGCGGCUGCGCACCUCUCCCCCGUUAAUUUAAGAUUGCAAAGCGAAGUGAUCACUGUAAUUUUACAGGCAUUUUCAGUGGAGCGUUAUGUCCCAAUUACUGAUCUUGAACGUCUAAUAGUCGGUAGGGCACUCAACUUGACGUGGAGGUAUUUAUAUCUGCCGGAUAAUCGGAUGGUCUUUGCUCUUGUCUCCAUUAGCACAUCCAUGCAAGAUCAUGUAUUGUUUUUUUUUUGUUUUUUUUACUGGUAAUAUUUUUAAUUUCCUUUAAUGGGUCACUUGAAAUGCAAAUCAGGAAUUGUUACAUUUUGCUUGUUGUCAAAACAGCUGGAAAACAUCCCUGUGUAAACCUAUAUGCAGCACUAAACAACAGUAUCUGUCUUUCAUUAAUAUUCAGCAGCCUUGGCUCACACCCCAUUGUUCGUGUUCAAUGAAUUAUUCCUCAGUUGCGAAAUUAAGACGUUAUUUUAUAAAUAAAACUGUGGCAAUGAU